GCCUGACAAGGCAGGUCUUGGGUCGGCCGUGCCGGCCUGGGUUUGUGUGGGAGACUCCUGGGAAGAUGGUGCUGGGUGGUUGCCCAGUGAGUUACUUACUUCUGUGUGGCCAGGCGGCUUUACUGCUGGGGAAUCUACUGCUGCUGCAUUGUGUCUCCCGGAGCCACUCGUACAAUGCCACCGCCGAGCUGGAGCUCACAUCGGCUGCCGCCGUCCACCCAGACGGCUCCGCCGGUGCUCCGAGCUGGGAGUACGGUGACCCUCACUCGCCGGUCAUCCUUUGCUCUUACCUGCCUGACGAAUUUAUAGAAUGUGAAGACCCAGUGGAUCAUGUUGGAAAUACAACAGCAUCCCAGGAACUUGGUUACGGUUGUCUCAAGUUUGGUGGUCAGGCCUACAGCGAUGUGGAACACACUUCAGUUCAGUGCCGGGCUCUGGAUGGGAUUGAAUGUGCCAGUCCUAGGACCUUCCUACGAGAGAAUAAACCUUGUAUCAAGUAUACUGGACACUACUUCAUAACCACUUUACUGUACUCCUUCUUCCUCGGAUGUUUCGGAGUGGAUCGCUUCUGUUUGGGACACACUGGCACAGCAGUUGGGAAGCUACUGACACUUGGAGGACUUGGCAUCUGGUGGUUCGUUGACCUUAUUUUGCUCAUCACUGGAGGGCUGAUGCCCAGUGAUGGCAGCAACUGGUGCACUAUUUACUGAAACGCGCUGCUGUCCUGCCCUGGGGCACUGACCUCUCAGCUCAACUCUGUGAGCUCAAAAUUCUGCUCUGAUGUGAGACCUGAACAUCACUCACCUCUUUGGAGGGAAUGGGUUUAUUAAGAAGGAUUCUUUGAACUUCGAAUUUUCAACUCAAAUCACACCAUUUCUAGUCUUAGAAAUGACAGGCAAACAAUGUUGUGGUACUCAAAUUUUUACCUUCCCUUGUGUACAAAAUAUAAAAGAUAGUGACAACUUCGUUCCCGUGCAUCGCUAUCUCUUCAGUCCUCUGAAGCAGGCAGACCCAUCAAGAGAACAAAGUGAAUAUUGUUACCCAUGUGCCUUUCGUGAGCCUGAAUCUCCAUGCAGGUAAGAUCAGAAGCUGAGCCAAUGAAAUCUUCAGCAGAUAUAGAAAUGGCCAUGGAUUUUAACAUACACUGAAAUUCUGACUUUCUGGACUUAAAUUGCAGAAUAAAUUCUACCAAUGUGGAAUGGCUAUAUGAGUAUUUUCAGUAGAGAGAGUGAAACUGAAAAUUGUUUUUCUUUGCUGAAAGCUACACAUUUUUUUUUUUGAGUUCCCAUUAGUUUAUUAAAAUAGGUAUACAUAUACACAUAUUUGACAGACCUGUUGUCUUACUGUUUUUGGACAACCCCCUAG